AUGAUUACACUAAGCAGUUCAGGGUCGGAGACCGAGACGAUUGUGUACGUGCUGGGUGACGGUAGCGUCCAGACGUGGAAACACGUGUACACGGCUGUGACACGGGGACAGAAGCGUGUAUAUGUCAUAGCCAAGAAGGAGGGCAUGGCCUCGGCUAUCAAGAGACACAUCAUCCCACGUGACACCCGGCUGGAAACCCUGGUCAAAGAGCUGCUGGUCCAGCCUGGGGCUGAGGGGCAGGACCAACCAGACCAGAACCAAACCCAGCCGGGCACACCUCGCAGGGCAGCCCCAGGCUUCGGGCCUACACAGACCACUCCUCUGGCCUCACAGACAUCUAGCUGGUCUCUAAGGACCGCCUACAGAAUCCCUGUAGCAGCACCCAGACUCCUCUCUACACCCAUCCGAGCAGCCCCACUACACGCCAAUCGUGUCCAGUCCCUCUCGACGUCGGUCCUGUCCAGGCAGCUGUGGAGAAAUGAGCCUCCAACAGCUCCUCAGGCAGAUGCUACAGACACCUCUCCAAUGGACGACAUCACUUUCAGUCGGGCGUAUACCUGGUCGCCUAUGAACAGCAGCUCUGAGGACCCCUCUCAGGAUCAGCCUGGGUCGUGUGAGGAGGAGAAGGAAAUCAAGAUGGAGGCUAGCAGCAGCGCUGUAGAGGAUGGAGACAUGGGGAAGGGUUCACAUUUAGCUGCUCUGCCUGGGGUUGGAGGCACCCCUUCCAAGAGGACGCUCGGUCCUGACAGCGAGGAACAGAAUGUAACUCCUUCUAAACAGAUCAAGGUGGAGCCGUUCGAUUCACCGCUGGGCUGUUCCAGCCUGCAGCAGCUCUCCCUCUGCACGCCCACUUGCACCUUCCACGGCAAACGGCUUUUCCAAGGUCCACCCUCCGAUCAGGACUGAACACCUUCUCUCCCUGACCCAGGACAUCUCUCCCUGACCCAGGACAUCUCUCCCUGACCCAGGACAUCUCUCCCUGACCCAGGACAUCUCUCCUUGACGCAGGACAUCUUAUGAUUGAUGGCCACUACUGCAUUGAUAGCAGGAUAUUUUAAUCAAAUCAUAUUUUAUACGUCAUAUGCACGGAAUACAACAAGACCUACCAUGAAAUGCUUACUUACAAGCCCUUAACCAACAAUGCAAUUUUAAUGAAAAUAAGAGUUAAGAAUGAUAUUUACUAAAUAAACUGAAGUUUUUUGUU